AUGGCAAGACGAAGCGACGACAAUGCCUCUACAUGCUCCCUCACCCUCGGCCCUUCGACAUCAACAAACGCAGAGAUCAAGGCGAACAGGUUGGUAAUCACGCACCGCACAUGUUCAUCUUGCCUUGAUAGUCAUCCCGAGCACGACACACUCGAACUUCCUUGCAAAGGCGACGACGACGUCAAACCGCACGCGUACUGUCGCGAAUGUCUCGAGGGCUUCUUCGAGUCUUCGGUUACAGACCCUUCUCACUUUCCACCCCGCUGCUGCUCAAAGAUGAUCUCACUGUCCAGCUGCGCGCCGUUUCUUUCAGCAUCGCUUAUUGCCCGUUUCGUAGCUAGAAAGGAGGAGCUCGAAACGCCCAACCGCACAUACUGCAGCAACGCCGAGUGUUCGGCCUGGAUCCGGCCUGCUCAGAUUCUAGCAGGAGUAGCAACCUGUGAUCAAUGUGCGCAACAAACGUGUGCACUAUGCAAAAGCAAGGCCCACAUAGGCCAUCUCUGUCCAGAGGACCAAGACGUCAAGGAACUCAUGAUCAUCGCCCAACACAAGCGCUGGCAGACGUGCCCCAACUGCAAGGAGAUGGUCGAACUCGAGCAAGGUUGUUUCCACAUUGCCUGCCGCUGCCUCUAUGAAUUCUGCUAUCUCUGCACGGCCAAAUGGAAACGGUGCGACUGCCCACUCUGGGACGAACGUAAUUUGCCUGCCUCCCACCGGCCGUUCCAGCUCUUGCCGCUCCUGCUGCACCGCUCGUAA